AUGAUGGAAAAAAAAAUUCAUAAAAAAUAUAUAAAAUCUUAAUUUUAUAAAAUUUUCAAUUAAAUUGGUGAUGAAGGUGCAUCAGGCUUAGGUUCUGCUUUAGCAAAUUGCAUUAAUCUCUCAAAUUUGACACUUAACCUUUCUGACAAUUAAAUUGGUGCAAUUGGUGCAUCAGGCUUAGGUUCUGCUUUAGCAAAUUGCAUUAAUCUCUCAAAUUUGAGACUUGACCUUUCGUCUAAUUAAAUUGGUGCAAUUGGUGCAUCAGGCUUAGGUUCUGCUUUAGCAAAUUGCAUUAAUCUCUCAAAUUUGACACUUCGCCUUGGAAGCUAUUAUCGAAUUAUUUUAAAUUCACCAAUUUUUAAAUAAUAUACAGCGUAUCAGUGGUAUGCUUUAGCUCGUUUAUUGCGUUUAUCUCGUUUAUAUCGUUUAGCUUGUUUUUGGAAAGUUUUUUUUAAAAUUGGUGAUGAUGGUGCAUCAGGCUUAGGUUCUGCUUUAGCAAAUUGCAUUAAUCUCUCAAAUUUGACACUUUAACUUUCGUCUAAUUAAAUUGGUGCUAAUGGUGCAUCAGGCUUAGUUGCUGGUUUAACAAAUUGCAUUAAUCUCUCAAAUUUGACACUUGGCCUUUCUGAAAAUUAAAUUGGUGCAAUUGGUGCAUCAGGCUUAGGUUCUGCUUUAACAAAUUGCAUUAAUCUCUCAAAUUUGACACUUGGCCUUUCUUGGAAUGAAAUUGGUGAUGAAGGUGCAUCAGGCUUAGGUUCUGCUUUAGCAAAUUGCAUUAAUCUCUCAAAUUUGACACUUGACCUUUCUUAUAAUUAAAUUGGUGCUGAAGGUGCAUCAGGCUUAGUUGCUGGUUUAGCAAAUUGCGUUAAUCUCUCAAAUUUGAAACUUAAACUUUAGUAAAAACAAUUUAUUUGUUUUGGAUUGUGA